AUGUCAAUUGUAUUAUAAACCACGAAGAGACAUAUCAUUGAUCUACACUCUAAAAUUAGUUUAACAGCCAAAAACUGUGUAAAUCUAAAUUUUAUAAUGGAUCUCUUUAUAUCAAUAAACAUUGUAAACAGAAUAUAGAAUUUAUUAUAUUUUGAAGAUUAGAUCAAUUCAUUAUAAGACUAUCAAAAAUAAGUAUAUUAUAGCAGAAUGAAAUGGAGUCGUAGGCACGUACAAAGAAAUCAGAUAUUUACAUUUAAUUUAAUUAAAUGCUCUUUAAUUAUAAUGGGAAACAUGCGAUAUUUGAAUAAAUUUAGGAGUCUUUUCAAGUCCUAUAAUAAAUGA